AUGUCGGACCAAGUAUCGUCCCAAGAUACAUCGUCGGGUCUCCCCAUCAAGACCCUUCGAGAAGUCUACGACCUGGUCGACUGGGCCGAGUCGCUCCGCACUCACCUCGACGAGCUCGGCGUCGACUACCUGCUCGACAACCAGCCGGACCCGGCCCUGAAGCGCGACGACGAAGAUGACGACGACAACAAGGUCGUCGACCAAAGCGCCAGCGUCGCCGCCAGCGCGCGCAAGCACCGCAAGAAGAAGCGUCGCCAGGACGUCCGGAUCGUCACGGAGCUGAUCCGCGCCUCGGUGCAGCCCGCCGCCGCCGUCCUCCAGGACAACGGCUACGCGCUCGACGCGCCGAUGCAGCCGCGCGGCCGCUUCGACGCCGUCAUCUACGCCAUGCAGCAGCACGCCUGGCGCUCGGGCCUCGUGCGCGACCUGGUGCUGCGGCUGUGCGUCGUCGACGCCGACAGCUGCGACACGCUGGCCGCCUACCAGGGCGAGCUCGUCGAGCUGCGCCGCCGCAUGCACUGCGCCGGCUGCUACCCGGGCGACGCGCACUUCAUGUGGGCCGCCGUCCUGGGCCUGCGCCUCGCGUACCCGGCGCUGUUUGCCGAGCUCGACGAGCGCCUGCGCGCCCGCGAGCUGGACCUGCCCAGGCUGAUGCAGCGGAUCGCGCGCAAGGCCAUCAAGGAGACCGUCGUCGUGAGCCCGAGCAAGGGCACGCCGGUCAGGGAGCGCCCGUGA